GAGGAAGGGCGGGGUCGGUGGGUGUCUCUCGCUCGCUCGCUCUUUCUCGCUUGCUUUCUCUCCCGGCCUCAUGCGUGUCCCCCCCCUCGCGGCGUUCGCCCGCUCUCCCUCGCUCUCGCUCUGUCUUUUUUGGGCGCCAUGCUGAGGGGAAGGGAAGAUGGUGAGUUGGAAGAAGGUGAACUGGAGGAUGAUGGGGCAGAGGAGACCCAGGACACCCCUGGAGGCCCUGAGAGGAGCCGGAAAGAAAAAGGGGAGAAGCACCACAGCGAUUCAGACGAGGAAAAGUCUCACAGGAGGCUGAAACGGAAGCGGAAGAAAGAGCGGGAGAAAGAGAAGAGAAGAUCGAAAAAGAGGAGGAAAUCUAAGCACAAGCGCCAUGCAUCCUCCAGCGAUGAUUUCUCCGACUUCUCCGAUGACUCCGAUUUCAGCCCCAGCGAGAAGGGGCACCGCAAGCAAAGAGAGUACAGCCCCCCGUACGUGCCGUCCCACCAGCAGUACCCCCCGUCACACAGCACGUCCCUGCCCAAGAAGUCCUACUCCAAGAUGGACAGCAAAGGCUACGGCAUGUACGACGACUAUGAUAACGAGCAGUACGGGGAGUAUGAGGGCGACGAGGAAGAGGAUAUGGGCAAGGAGGACUACGACGACUUCACCAAAGAGCUGAACCAGUACCGGCGUGCCAAGGAGGGCAGCAGUCGGGGCCGAGGCAGUCGAGGCCGUGGCAGGGGCUACCGGGGCCGAGGAAGCCGCGGAGGGUCUCGGGGCCGAGGCAUGGGCCGGGGCGGCCGAGGCAGGGGCAGAGGCUCCAUGGGAGACCACCCAGAAGACGAAGACGACUUUUAUGAAGAUGAGAUGGAUUAUGGAGAAAGUGAGGAACCGAUGGGAGACGAGGAUUACGACGACUAUUCCAAGGAGCUAAACCAGUACCGCCGGUCCAAGGACAGCCGAGGACGAGGGCUAAAUCGAGGCCGUGGCCGGGGUUCCCGAGGCCGAGGCAAAGGGAUGGGCCGUGGCCGAGGUCGAGGUGGCAGCCGAGGAGGGAUGAACAAGGGCGGGAUGAACGAUGAUGAAGACUUCUAUGAUGAUGACAUGGGCGAUGGCGGCGGAAGCUACCGGAGCCGUGACCAUGACAAGCCCCAUCAACAGUCUGACAAGAAAGGCAAAGUCAUCUGCAAAUACUUCGUGGAGGGGCGGUGCACAUGGGGCGACCACUGUAACUUCAGCCAUGACAUCAAGCUACCAAAGAAGCGAGAGCUGUGCAAGUUUUACACCACCAGGUGUUGUGCCAAAGCCGAGAACUGCCCCUACAUGCACGGUGAUUUUCCGUGUAAGGUAUACCCCACGACUGGGAACUGUAUCAAUGGUGACGACUGCAUGUUUUCACACGACCCGCUGACCGAGGAGACGCGAGAGCUCUUGGAUAAGAUGUUGGCUGACGAUGCGGAAGCGGGCGCCGAGGAUGAGAAGGAAGUUGAGGAACUAAAGAAGCAGGGCAUCAACCCCCUGCCCAAACCACCCCCCGGGGUGGGCCUCCUGCCCACUCCGCCUCGGCCCCCUGGCCCCCCUGCCCCAACCUCUCCCAACGGCAGGCCCAUGCAGGGCGGCCCUCCUCCACCCCCUGGACCCCCGCAGAUGCCCAUGCCGGUGCAUGUGCCGCUGUCCCCCCAGCAGCUGCAGCAGCAGCAGGACCUGUACAACAAGAAGAUCCCCUCCUUGUUUGAGAUCGUGGUUCGGCCCACAGGACAGCUGGCUGAGAAGCUGGGUGUGAGGUUCCCUGGACCUGGAGGACCCCCCGGGCCGAUGGGCCCUGGGCCCAAUAUGGGACCCCCGGGGCCAAUGGGGGGCCCAAUGCAUCCCGACAUGCACCCCGACAUGCACCCGGACAUGCAUCCUGACAUGCACCCCGACAUGCACCCCGACAUGCCGAUGGGCCCUGGCAUGAACCCUGGCCUGACCAUGGGACAUGGUGGCCCCCCAAUGAUGCCUUAUGGCCCUGGAGACUCCCCACAUUCUGGAAUGAUGCCCCUCAUCCCACCAGCCCAGAACUUCUAUGAGAACUUUUACCAGCAGCAGGAAGGCAUGGAGAUGGAGCCGGGACUCAUGGGGGACGCAGAGGACUACGGGCACUACGAAGAGCUGCCGGGGGAGCCUGGGGAGCACCUCUUCCCCGAGCACCCUCUGGAGCCCGACAGCUUCUCUGAGGGAGGGCCCGCAGGCCGGCCGAAGCCGGGCGCCGGUGUCCCCGACUUCCUGCCCUCAGCCCAGAGGGCCCUGUACCUGAGGAUCCAGCAGAAGCAGCAGGAGGAGGAGGAGAGAGCGAGGAGGCUGGCUGAGAGCAGCAAGCAGGACCGGGAGAAUGAGGAAGGUGACACUGGAAACUGGUACUCAAGUGACGAGGACGACGGUGGGAACAGCGUCACCUCCAUCCUUAAGACCCUGAGGCAGCAGACGUCCAACCGACCCCAGGCUUCUGUCAGGGAGCUGAGCAGCAGUGGGCUGGGGGAUCCCCGCCUCCAGAAGGGACACCCCACAGGAGGCCGGCUGGCUGACCCCCGCCUCAGCCGGGACCCCAGGCUCACCCGCCACACUGAGGCCUCCAGCGGGUCAGGCCCCGGCGACAAGGGACCCUCUGACCCUCGGCUGGCUCGCUCCCUGCCUGCCCCUAAGCCCGAAGGCUCCCUUCGUUCUGGCCCCGCGGGCCCCAGCGGCGCCAAGGGGUCUGGGCCGCCCCCUGCAGAAGAGGAGGAAGGGGAGCGGGCCCUGCGGGAGAAGGCCGUGACCAUUCCCCUGGACCCCCUCCCCGGGCACCCGCUGCAGGACCCGCGGUCGCAGCUGCAGCAGUUCAGCCACAUCAAGAAGGAUGUGACCCUGAGCAAGCCGAGCCUCGCCCGCACCGUGCGGUGGAACCCCGAGGACCGGAUCCCCCUGCCCGUCCCCAAGCAGGAUAUCCUGCCCCCCGUCCCUGCGGCCUUGCAGUCCAUGCCUGCCCUGGACCCCAGGCUGCAUCGGGCCUCCACUGUGGGUCCCUCCAACCCCCGGCAGCGCUCAGGCACCUCCACGGACCCCGGCUUCGGCUCCAGCCUGCCUGACUUCGAGCUCCUCUCUCGAAUCCUCAAGACGGUCAGUGCCACUGGCCCCUCUGCUGCUCCCGGCCCCAGUGACAAGCCCAGCGACCGGGUGCGGAAGGCGCCCACUGACCCUCGGCUGCAGAAACCAGCAGACUCUGCUGCCCCCUCCCGCGCCGCCAAGCCUGGCUCUGCUGAAGUGCCCUCUCCAGCUGCCAGCCCCAGUGGGGAGUCCUCUCCCCCAGCCACCGCCCCCUAUGACCCCCAAGUACUGGCGGCUGGUGGGCUGGGCCAGGGCAGUGGGAGCUGGCAGAGCCGCGUGCUGAGUGGCAUCAGCCUCUAUGACCCCAGGACUCCCAAUGCAGGUGGUAAAGCUGCAGAGCCUGCUGCUGACAGGGCUGCCCAGCCCAAGGGCUCCGAGGGCAAUGGCAAGAGCUCGGCGGCCAAGGCCAAGGAGCCCCCAUUUGUCCGGAAGUCUGCCCUGGAACAGCCCGAACCAGGGAAGGCCUGUGCGGACGGGGGCUCCACCACAGCCAGGGACCGAUACAACAGCUACAACAGGCCCCGGCCCAAGGCUGCUGCCACCCCUGCCGCCACCACAGGCACCCCCCCUCCAGAGGGCGCGCCACCCUGGCCCGGCGUGCACAACCUGCCAGUGCCCACCCUCUUCGGGACCGUGAAGCAGGCGCCUAAGACGGGCUCCAGUAGCCCGUUCGCUGGCAACAGCCCCGCCCGAGAGGGCGAGCAGGACGCGGGGUCCCUGAAGGAUGUUUUUAAAGGCUUUGACCCCACCGCCUCCCCCUUUUGCCAGUAG